CGUUAGCUCUGUACGUUGCCGUGUCCCCCUGCGUGGUGCAGUUUACCGGGUGUAUCACUUGAGCGCUCGGCUGUGAACGGGACAGCCUGGGCGGUGGGAAUUUCCUCAUGCGAACCGAACCGAGAGACGGAGAAAGACGAACGCGUCAAUCCCGGGAGCGGGCCGGGGCAGCGGGCCCCGCACUGUGAGGGAAAACCCGCAAAGCCCGGUCAGCACCGCGAAAAUCACAACACCGGAGCCCGCUCCCGGCGGGGCCGGCCCGGUGGCAGCUCCCGGCCGGAAGCGGAAGCUCCGCAGCGGCGGUAUAAGUGGUCGGCGGCGGUGUAAGUGGUCGGCGCCGGGCGGUGUGGCGGCAAAAAUGUCUGCAGCAUGCGACUUUGUUGGACUCCACACUGGGCAGAAGAUGCCUCUCAUAGGACUGGGAACUUGGAAAAGUGAACGUGGCCAAGUGAAAGAAGCGGUGAAAUAUGCCCUAAGUGUGGGUUAUCGCCACAUUGAUUGCGCAGCAGCUUACAGCAAUGAAGCGGAGAUCGGUGAGGCUUUCCAGGAAUGCCUUGGUCCCAACAAGGUUAUUAAAAGGGAGGACCUCUUUGUAACAUCAAAGCUCUGGAAUACCAAGCACCACCCAGAUGACGUAGAGCCAGCGCUAAGGAAAACACUUGGAGAUUUGAAACUGGCUUACCUGGACCUGUACCUCAUGCACUGGCCUCAUGCCUUUGAACGAGGGGACAACCUGUUCCCAAAGAAUCCUGAUAACACGAUGCGUUAUGAUUACACUGAUUACAAGGAUACCUGGAAGGCUAUGGAGAAGCUUGUAGAAAAAGGUCUUGUGAAAGCCAUUGGGCUGUCAAACUUCAACAGUCGUCAGAUCAAUGAUGUACUAAGUGUGGCUACUGUCAAACCAGCUGUGCUGCAGGUAGAAUGCCAUCCUUACCUUGCUCAGAAUGAGCUGAUAGCUCACUGCCAGAAACAAGGACUGGUUGUCACUGCCUACAGUCCCUUGGGUUCUCCAGAUCGCAUGUGGAAACACCCAGAUGAGCCUGUGCUUCUAGAAGAACCUGGGAUCAAAAAACUGGCAGAAAAAUACAACAAGUCACCUGCACAGAUCAUCCUGAGAUGGCAAGUGCAGCGUAAAGUGGUUGCCAUUCCCAAGAGUGUCACUCCCGCUCGCAUUCAGCAAAAUGUCCAGGUGUUUGAUUUCAGCCUCACAGAAGAGGAGAUGAGCCAUAUUGGAAGCCUGAAUAAAAACUGGCGUUACAUUGUGCCAAUGAUUACGGUGGAUGGAAAGCUAGUAGCAAGAGACGCCGGACACCCCUAUUAUCCCUUCAAUGACCCCUAUUAAAUACUAGAAAAUAAGGUGUUAGAAUAACAUGCUCCUCUGCUGCUCUUCUACAAAGUAAUUGUUGCCACAAUUUGUCAAAAAAAACCUGUCCAAAUCAAAUCUUCCUUCCUGAGUAGGUUUACUUAUGAUGUACUGCUUCUAAUUGACCUCCUAUCUGGAGAUACUGUAGCUUCCAUGUCAAAGUUUGUGGAUUUAUUACAAUGACUGCAAGCUUGCUCCUGGAAGCAUCAAAUCUUUUGGGGAUUAGAUAAAGAGUGGGGGAGUCUAAAUCAAGUUCCAAACAUGUUACUAUCUUAUAUACUUUGGGUUUACUUUUACUUUGGGCAAUACUUUGGGUUUACUGCCUGUGAAACAGUUUUGAAAGCUUUAGUUAUGACCAUGAAGGCGGGGGGGGGGGAAGGCUGAAGGCAUGAAAGCAUUUUAAGACUAAACAACUGCUCAGACAUCAACUUUGAUAUCUUUAUUAGUAUUUUUUUUAUACAGGGAAUAAAGUGAAAUGUGCUACAGUUGCACUAUGUCCAUAAACCAUUCAUUAAACCCCAAGUAACCAGCCAUGCCCAGUGCUUUUCAUCUACUUUAGAGUACUUGUGGGACCUGAUAUUAUCUUAUUUUCUUUUAAUUUGCCUGUAGAUUUGAGGAAAAUAAAUGCAUACCCUGGAGCAGGCCUUCAGGCCAGUCUUCUCUGUUGCUUGCCACAGGGAUAGGUUUCAGCUCUGAUGUUAGCUCUGAUUGUCCUAUCACAAAAGCCUCAAGUACUUUUUAGCAAGUCUUACAGGAAAACAUCCUGCUUUAACUGUAGAGUUGCCCUGUGUCUCUUUACCAAAGGUGUCCAGUUUGGGUUCUGGAAGGUCACAAAAUUAGUUCCUGACUGUACAGUAAGAGCAAAGACCCGUCAGAGGGCCCCUUCCCAUUUUAGCAUCGCGUUUUUGCCUGCUGCCAGGCUGACGCUUGGGAGAGCUGGUCGUGUCUCCUGUUCUACCGCUGACCUGCUGGUAACACUGGGCAAGUCAUUUGCCUUUCCUGUGCCUCUGUUUCCCCAGUUGCCAUGCCUCUGUGUUACUCCCUGGCAGAGACUAAGUUACAGAGUGCUGAUGCACCUUUGAGUAGGACUUGAGUUCUAGCACUAACGAGAGUUUUCUUUUGUUUCUGUCUCUUGAUGAAUUGCUGCCUGAGAACCAAGGGCAGGAGGUGUUAGUACCUACCAGUGCUCUGAUGGUGAUACCUUGUGUGGCCUUAGCAACGUUAACACUUUAUUUUGGUUUUCUCUACCUGUAAAAUAGGAUUAAUGCUCAUUUGCCUCUGUGCAGCCAGGGUAGCAAGGCGGAGUUUCUAAGGGCCUCUGGGAUUUAAAACAAAGGAACUCUUUCAGAUCUUGUUGAUGCCAUUCAGAGACAGCCAUAGGCAGGACUCCUCCUUGGCUGCUGGAUAAAGAGAGCUUAACUGGCUGUAAGUAAAAUAACGAACGCUUAUUUUUUUUUAUUUUUCCCAUAGCAAUAACAAACAUAGAAUUACAGAAAUAAUCCUCUGUAUCCAAAUAGCUCAAAAAGUAAAGAAUUAGAUUAUUUUAGUUUUGGUAGCCUCACUUAUGUUAGGCCAGUAGUAAAACUACAUAUUCACCUCAAGCGUAAUGCCUCCUCAAGUAUUUCCUGCCCUGGGCCUCACAGCGUGCGCCCGAACUGGAACAAACCUGUUUAUCACUUUUGGUAAUCCUUGUGUAAAAUUUAAAGAAUUCCUGUUCCUCAGUAAAGUGUUUCCUAAUUUCUGCUGAAUUCACCUCAGUGGAGAAAGCCAUUACGGCUCAGUUAGGAUUCUUUACAAGACUGGAUGUUUUCUUCUAAGGGAAAUGAAAUCCGUCUUGUUUUUUUUUAUUAUUCUAAUUGAAUACGGGUGACUUCAAAUACAGUUCUUGCUGCAGAUCGGUAGGGAAGCAAUUUCACUCUGAAGACGCUACGUGGAGCGUUAACAGCAGCCAUCCUGCAGGAAAAGUGGCUUUUGUCGCGUGUAUUUCACUUGCAUGUCUUAAAUAAAUCCUGUACUCUGUUUA